AACUGAAAAAUCCUAGAAAAUAAAUAAACCAAGAUUAAGAACGAGAAGUCAACCAUUCGUCAAAUUUCUCCAUCUCCGACUUGAAAGCAAUGGUUUACAUCGAUUCUUGGGACGAUUUCGUCGAACGAUCGGUUCAACUCUUCAAAGACAACCCUGAAUCGUCUCGGUACGUGAUGAAGUACCGUCACUGCGAUGGAAAGCUCGUGCUCAAGGUCACCGACAAUCGACAGUGCCUAAAGUUCAAGACAGAUCAGGCACAAGAAGCGAAGAAGAUGGAGAAGCUCAAUAACAUCUUUUUCACUUUGAUGGCUCGGGGUCCUGAUGCUGACAUAGCGGAGGUCACUGGCAAAGAGCAGGUUGAGCAGCAGGCCCCGAAGAAAGGAAGGGGACGAAGGCAAUAAGGCGAGCUUUGAUUCCUUGAUACCUUUUCGUUCUUCUUACCCAAUGGGUUUGAAAUGAACACAAAGGAUGAUUUUGAUGAUUCACUAUAGGCUUUCUUGCAAGUGAUCUUGUUAGUUAUAUGGUUUUAAUACUCCAUUGACCAUGAACCCCUGAGCAUGAAUUUGCAGUUGAACUUUUGAUUGCUUAGGUGCUGAAUGGGGUAAAUUUUUACAUGCCAAUUUAAGAGAUUUACUGGGUAGAUGUCAGCAUAUUUGUUCUAGCAAAUUUUAUAUGAUGAAUAGAAUCAAUAUCUUUUCAUGGUGAUCCUUAUCUGCA